UUGCAGAACGCGCUUUGGGGCUGCGGCUGACUGAAUACCUUAGGACUUGCUUCUCUUGCGCCCGCCUCCAGCUCUGCUGCCACCGCUCCCCAGCCAUGUCGGCCGUGAAGGCGCUGAAUCCCAAAGCCGAGGUGGCCCGGGCCCAGGCGGCGCUGGCCGUGAACAUCAGCGCGGCCCGAGGGCUGCAGGAUGUGCUGAGGACCAAUCUGGGGCCCAAGGGCACCAUGAAAAUGCUUGUUUCUGGCGCCGGAGACAUCAAGCUCACCAAGGAUGGCAACGUGCUGUUACACGAGAUGCAAAUUCAACACCCAACAGCCUCCUUGAUUGCAAAAGUAGCUACAGCCCAGGAUGAUAUUACUGGUGAUGGCACCACUUCCAAUGUUCUCAUCAUUGGGGAGUUGCUGAAGCAGGCGGAUCUCUACAUCUCUGAAGGUCUGCACCCUAGAAUCAUAACGGAAGGGUUUGAAGCUGCCAAGACAAAAGCCCUUGAAGUCUUGGAUCAAAUCAAAAUAAGCAAAGAAAUUGAUAGAGAAAUCCUCAUGGAUGUGGCUCGAACAUCCCUGCGCACCAAAGUCAAUGCUGACCUGGCCGACGUGCUGACAGAGGCAGUAGUGGACUCGAUUUUGGCUGUCAGAAGACCAGGUGAACCUGUUGAUCUUUUCAUGGUAGAAAUCAUGGAGAUGAAGCAUAAAUCAGAAACUGACACAUCGUUGAUCAGAGGGCUGGUUCUGGACCAUGGUGCCCGCCAUCCUGAUAUGAAGAAAAGACUAGAAGAUGCUUACAUUCUUACGUGCAAUGUAUCACUAGAAUAUGAAAAAACAGAAGUGAAUUCUGGAUUUUUUUACAAAAGUGCUGAGGAAAGAGAGAAACUAGUAAAAGCAGAAAGGAAAUUCAUUGAAGAUAGAGUAAAGAAAAUAGUAGAACUGAAAAGAAAAGUGUGUGGUGAUUCAGACAAAGGAUUUGUUGUUAUUAAUCAAAAGGGAAUUGACCCAUUUUCUUUAGAUGCUCUUGCAAAAGAAGGCAUAGUAGCUCUCCGCAGAGCAAAAAGAAGAAAUAUGGAGAGGUUGACUCUUGCAUGUGGUGGAAUGGCUAUGAAUUCUCUAGAUGACUUAAAUCCUGACUGUUUGGGACAUGCAGGACUUGUCUAUGAAUACACACUAGGAGAAGAGAAAUUCACCUUCAUCGAGAAGUGUGUCAACCCUCGAUCUGUCACCUUGUUGAUUAAGGGACCCAAUAAGCACACGAUCACUCAGAUCAAGGAUGCAGUGAGAGAUGGCCUGCGAGCGGUCAAGAAUGCCAUUGAAGAUGGCUGUGUGGUACCUGGGGCUGGCGCAGUGGAAGUUGCCAUCGCUGAAGCUCUCAUUAAACAUAAGCCCAACGUUAAGGGAAGAGCCCGUCUUGGAGUCCAAGCUUUUGCUGAUGCGCUGCUUAUUAUUCCCAAGGUUCUUGCUCAGAACUCUGGUUUUGACCUUCAAGAAACACUAGUUAAGAUACAAGCUGAACAUGCAGAAUCAGGACAACUUGUUGGUGUUGAUUUAAAGACAGGUGAGCCCAUUGUUGCAGCUGAAGCUGGCAUCUGGGAUAACUAUUGUGUCAAGAAGCAGCUGCUUCACUCUUGCACUGUGAUUGCCACCAAUAUUCUCCUGGUUGAUGAGAUCAUGCGCGCUGGGAUGUCUUCUCUGAAAGGUUGAGUGGAAUCUCAGAUUUCCACUAUAAGCAGUGGAAUCACGAAGGUCCUACAGAAAGAACCGCAACGUGUGGCUAGUGGUGGUUGUUCUUCCCAGCUGCCAAAAAAUUUCCCAAAGAAUAAUUGUUUUUCUUACUGUUGCAGUAAACCUGUCCCUAAAACUGAAAUUAUUGGCCCCUAUCCAAAUGUAAGGUUCUAAAAUGGAUUACAGUAUUUAUUUUUUUUUUUAAUUGCACUGAGGCCUAUGAUUAAAGCUGCGGUCCUUUUUACCCAA